AAUUUGACUCACGCUGUGUGAUUGGAUGGAUAGAAUAUGACGAUAUACGGAAGUCAUCGAGCUGUGCGGCGUGCAUGAUUGAAGCCUCACAUUGAAAAUAUGGAACAGAAUAAUGACGGGAGCUUGGCGCAGGUCCGUCAUGUGGUCUUGAUCCUGUCUGGGAAAGGAGGUGUGGGAAAGAGCACAAUCACUACAGAGUUAGCUCUGGCCCUCAGGCAUGCAGGCAAGAAGGUUGGCAUCCUGGACGUUGACCUUUGUGGGCCCAGCAUACCCCGCAUGUUGAGUUUGGGACGGCCCGAUGUUCACCAGUGUGACUCAGGAUGGGUGCCUGUUUACACUGAUGCAGAGAAGAGCCUCUCCCUCAUGUCCAUCGGCUUUCUGCUGGAGGAUCCUGAUGAAGCAGUUGUGUGGAGGGGGCCCAAGAAAACAGCUCUAAUUGGCCAGUUUGUGUCAGACGUUGCAUGGGGAGAGCUGGAUGUUCUCUUGGUUGACACACCGCCAGGGACUUCUGACGAACAUUUAGCCGUGCUAGAGAACCUUAAAAAACACAGAGUGGAUGGAGCCAUUUUGGUCACAACCCCUCAGGCUGUGUCCACGGGGGAUGUGAGGAGAGAGAUUACCUUUUGUAAGAAGACAGGGGUACGAAUCCUGGGCAUCGUUGAGAACAUGAGUGGCUUUGUUUGUCCACAUUGCUCAGAAUGCAGCAACAUAUUCUCCAAGGGAGGAGGUGAGGAGUUAGCCAAGCUGACUGGAUCAGUAUUCCUAGGUUCUGUGCCCUUGGAUCCCCAACUCAGCUCCAGUAUAGAAGAGGGCAAAGACUUCCUGCAGUCGUUUCCUGACAGCGCCACCUUCAGUGCCAUCAGCAGUAUUUCUCAGACUUUGCUCAACAGCCUCCAAACAUCUUGAGACAUCAAUUUAUUCAGGAUUAUGUUGUGAAAAGUACAGAAUAAUGCAAAUGUAAUGAUUUCCAUGUUGAAUUUCAUCCUGUACAGUUGAUCAUAUAAAGCUUUUUAAUGAU